CAAAGCCUCAAAAAGGAGCUCACCGCAGAAAGGCAGCUUUGUAGGAAGCUACAAGAGGCGCUGCUCGAAAAGCGUGCUGCGAUGAGGAAUGCACUAAGCUCACCAGUCUUUACGCACGAAAUGCUGCAUGACCAACAUGAAUGUAUGGUUGAAGAGGCCACCACAGCUCCACGUAACAUAACCCCUCCAGAAUCAUCAGUUUUGUUGCCUUCGAGAGAGGACAGCAAGAUGUCAAAUGUUGAGAAACCACCACAGUCUGCAUGCUCCAGCGGAUCCGUCAGCGUGACCAUUGUGUCGACCGACUCAAACAACUUGCCAGAUCCAUACCCGGUCUCUUUGGAUGGUGAUGCUCCUUCCAGUCCAGUAAAAAACUCUCUGGCAAAUAGUAAACCCAGGAGCCCAAGUGUUCACGGCUCCCUGACCCCAUGUGAUGCUCCCACUAGCCCAACAUGUGAAUCCAUGGCAGCAUGUCCAUCUAACGCAUCAAGUGCCUCCAGUGUUCAGGGCUGCACAACCACGAUGAACUUGAGCCUUGUCAACAAGACCUCGGGACGUUCCAACUCUAGGAACAGGAUAUCGCGACCAUUCCUGGGAAGAUCCCUCAUUCAACGUGCCCCCACACGCCCUGACUUGGUAUUGACUGGAGAUGAGGUGACUCUUGAGGAUGGCAUAAAUGUCAACAAGAAACAUUUUGAAUACCUGCUUGACACCCCUAAGGACUCUCUGUUCUGCCGCGACAUGGUGAGAGCUCUAUGGAGCGCAGAGCAGCUGGCAGAGAGAAGUCAAACAGGAGAAGCCUGCCGUCGGUUUCUAAAACAAGGCACAGAGGGAAAGCGACGCCUCACCCCCAAAAAAUUGGAUGCCCUUGGAAAUGCCUACUGGGAGUACCUGAAAAGAAGAACGCCUCCAAGCGACUCAAAGGAGGAACAAUUUAAGAUGCUUCCUAGUUAUGUUCGUAACCUGCUGUCUGACAUCAACAGAAAAAAAUAAAAAAACG